AAUUAUUAAUUCAUCCCUCUUAGUGAAAUCUAUCUCCUCUUUUCUCAUAUAUCAACAAAAUGAAACCUAGUACAAGCUUUCUCUUCUUCUUCACUACUCUAUUGCUCAUUGUUUCAUCUUCUUUUGCGACCCGACCCGUUUCUCCUCCUACUCAAGGCAAAAACAACAAUCAAGGUGGUGGUGUUGGAGGCUUUUUUGGACCUGGAGGAGGGUUUAACAUACCCGGAUUUGGAAACGGGUUUGGUAAUGGAAUUGGAGGUGGAUAUGGAUCCGGGUAUGGAGGUCCGAAUGGAGGACAUUCUAGAAAUGGUAUAAUAACAAACUCUGUUGUCUGCAAAGACAAAGGUCCUUGUUACCAGAAAAAAUUGACAUGUCCAGCUAAGUGUUUCACCUCUUUCAGCCGUUCCGGUAAGGGCUAUGGCGGUGGCGGCGGUGGCGGUGGAUGUACUAUUGAUUGCAAAAAGAAGUGCAACGCUUAUUGUUGAACGAAUAUAACUGCACCAUUUUACUCCAUAAUAAAAUAUACUCAAAUUUUGUCAAAGAAAACUAAUAUAUUUAUAUCAAAUAUAUUCAUUUUCUUUGAUUAUUUUUGGUGUAUUUUAUUACAGAGUAGUAAUUAUUAACGGUAAAGUUGUUGUCGUUAGUAUAAUAUACUUAUAUUAUUAUGUAUGCAACAACUUACGAUAUAUGGUGAUCUUUAUUGAUCACCUUUUUAGAUAAAAUAAACAGAAACUAGCUAGAUACAUAUGAUCUCUGCUUAGUUGAGUUUCUUUAUGCCUAUUUCUAUAUCUAUAGAUCAAAAGAAAAUUUGUGGGAUGGUUUUCUCGAUGGAUAUUACUGUGGAGUGUAAUUUUACUUAAUAUUUAUAUGAAGCUAUAUAGUUUAUUAUUA